UCUAUGAGAAUACCGAUCUCCCGCAUAGAUUUUCAUUGCUAAUGAGCAGCCUUUUGUUCCUUUUUAUCUGUGUGCUGUAGAGAACGGUGAAGGAAUUUGUAGAUCUGCAGGCCGCUGCCUCUCAUUCGAUCUGUUCUUCAGCUUUUUUGAAUUCUCGUGCAUUAUGGCUAUCAAAGGAAAUUCUACUGACAACAAGACCAGGAACUCUGUUUCUAUAAUCAUUGUUGUUGGUCUUUGUUGCUUCUUUUACCUACUGGGUGCAUGGCAAAGGAGUGGUUUUGGAAAGGGGGACAGCAUUGCUGUUGAGAUUACCAAACAAACAGAUUGUACUAGCACACCGAAUCUCAGUUUUGAAACCCACCACGGUGGAGAUAGCAUUUCCGAUGAGCUUAAGUCACCGAAUUUUGAACCUUGCGACGAAAGCUAUAUUGAUUAUACUCCUUGUCAAGAUCAAAGGCGGGCUAUGACCUUUCCUAGAAACAAUAUGAUAUACAGAGAGAGACAUUGUCCUCCUGAUAAAGAGAAGAUGUAUUGUCUAAUUCCAGCUCCUAAAGGAUAUGUUGCUCCAUUUCCCUGGCCAAAGAGUCGAGAUUAUGUUCCAUAUGCAAAUGUUCCUUAUAAGAGCUUGACGGUCGAGAAGGCAGUCCAAAAUUGGGUUCAAUAUGAAGGCAAUGUUUUUAGAUUCCCUGGUGGAGGAACACAGUUUCCUCAGGGUGCUGAUAAAUAUAUUGAUCAGCUGGCUUCUGUUAUCCCAAUAGCUAAUGGGACUGUCAGAACUGCGUUGGACACUGGGUGUGGGGUUGCAAGCUGGGGAGCUUAUCUGUUGAAAAGGAACGUGCUGGCCAUGUCUUUUGCUCCAAGGGAUUCACAUGAGGCGCAAGUGCAAUUUGCGCUGGAGAGAGGAGUGCCAGCAGUAAUUGGCGUUCUUGGAAGCAUAAAACUUCCUUACCCAUCCAGAUCCUUUGAUAUGGCUCACUGCUCGAGAUGUUUAAUUCCAUGGGGAGCAAAUGAUGGAAUGUACAUGAUGGAGGUGGAUCGGGUUCUUAGACCUGGUGGAUAUUGGGUACUGUCUGGGCCACCCAUUAAUUGGAAGACAAAUUACCGGGCUUGGCAGAGAACUAAGGAAGAUCUUGAGCAAGAGCAAAAAGGGAUUGAAGAGAUUGCUGAACUUCUUUGCUGGGAGAAGUACACAGAAAUAGGAGAAAUUGCCAUAUGGAGGAAGAGAAUAAAUGCUGAUUCUUGUCCAGGAAGGCAAGAUGAACCACGUGUUAAAAUGUGUGAAAUAGUGAAUGAUGAUGUCUGGUACAAGAAAAUGGAAGCAUGUGUCUCUCCUUUUCCUGAAGUGAAUAAUGCUGAUGAGGUUGCUGGAGGGGAAUUGAAACCAUUCCCAGAAAGGUUAUAUGCGGUGCCUCCCAGAAUAUCUAGUGGUUCUGUAACAGGGUACUCUGUUGAGUCAUACCAGGAAGAGAACAAAAUUUGGAAGAAACAUGUUUUGUUUUACAAGAAAAUCAACAAGUUGCUUGAUACAGGAAGGUACCGCAAUAUCAUGGACAUGAAUGCAGGACUGGGUAGCUUCGCUGCAGCAAUUGAUUCUCCUAAUCUAUGGGUCAUGAAUGUCGUGCCUACAAUCGCUGAUACUUCUACUCUAGGUGUUAUAUAUGAACGAGGAUUGAUAGGCAUUUAUCAUGAUUGGUGUGAAGCUUUCUCUACUUACCCAAGGACGUAUGACUUAAUCCAUGCUUAUGGUGUGUUCAGCCUGUAUAAGGAUAAGUGCAAAAUGGAAGAUAUUCUUCUGGAGAUGGAUAGGAUUCUUAGGCCUGAAGGUGCAGUCAUUUUCCGGGAUGAGGUUGAUGUACUGAUAAAGGUGAAGAAGAUGAUCGGCGGCAUGAAAUGGAGCUCGAAGCUUGCUGAUCAUGAGGACGGUCCUCUUGUGCCGGAGAAGAUACUGGUUGCUGUGAAGCAAUAUUGGGUAACUGGAGGAAAGAACAAGACAGCUCACAUAUGAGAGAAUGACAACUUGUGGAGAACUUCUAUGUUAAUUAUCCUUUUGGAUUCUAACAACUGGAAUCAGAAGGGAGGGACCCUUAAUAGCCAGCCACAUUGCUUUCCAUCUUGGUGCAGGAGCUUGAGGUCUAGAGAGAGAAAGAGCAUUGUUUGUACCAGAAUGUAAUAAGUUAUUUCAGCCGAUUUUGUUUAUGGCAAGCUUAAGGUGUCAUAUUUAGGCAAUCAUGCUGCCUUCUUUUGACUUAAUGUUAUUUUUUUGAACUCGAUAUAAUUAUGUUUGCCAUCAUAAUUUCUCCCAUUCAAACUG